CGCUCCAGUGUUACUUCAGCAGCAUUAUGUGACUGUUGCAGCCUCGGCAUUCAUUCUCCAUAUGGACUGUGAACUCUGCUCCUAAACCAAGACCAGAGCCCUGUCCAGAGGGGUAAAGGAGGGGGAGGAAAAUCUCCCUCCUGUCCAUUGUAAGGGUGCACCUGUUGGACAGCAGACACUUUGCAGAAGGACACCGCAAAGAGAAAUGGAGCUGAAAGCGUCCAUAGUAUACAGCUCCUGUAUACUGCUUCUUCUACAAGGCUGUGGUCUAUUGUCAGCCAUGUUGUGUCCAAAUGGUCAGUUCGCCCUUAAUGCUCAGUGUGUGGACUGCCACUCUAGCUGUGAGGAAUGCAGUGGACAGGAGCCAUACGAAUGCACCCAGUGUGGCAUAGAUGAAGAUGGAAAUGAGCGCUUCCUUCAUCGCAGUCGCUGUAAAGUCCACUGUCCUCGGGGCUUUUAUCCAGAGCGUGACACCUACAGCUGUGAAUCGUGUCCGCUAAACUGUGACAUUUGCACUUAUGCUAAUAGUUGUCAGAAAUGUAAAAGCAACUACAAGCUUCAGAAUGGCGAGUGCUACUUAAUCCAGUGUUUGCCAGGACAAAUGGAAGACCCCGAAACUGGAGAAUGUGUUGACUGUGAAACUGGAUGCAAAACCUGUGAAAUAGAUGAUCCAGAAAUCUGUCUCAGCUGUCUUCAAGGUUACUUUCUGUACCAUCUACAAUGCCGAAAACAUUGCCCCCAGAAAACGUAUCAAGACAACGGAAGGAAAAUGUGUCUUGCUUGUCUAUCAGGGUGCAUUGAAUGCCAGAAUGAAACACAUUGCUCUUCCUGUCAAAGUGGAUACUAUUUGCACGAUGCUAGAUGUGUGCUGAAAUGCCCCGGUGGCAUGUUCCAAGAUACUAAGAAGUUGCAAUGUGAAGCCUGUCACAAAUCCUGCCUAACCUGUCAUGGGCCUUCUCCUCGGGACUGUGACAUGUGCCCAGAUGGGAAGCAACCAUCCUUUGGAAUGUGUCAUCUUUUGACUUGUUUGGAUGAAGAAUAUUUUAAUGUGGCAGAUGGCAAGUGCUACCCCUGUGACCCUUCCUGUCAGAGUUGCUUCGGCCCACAAGCACAAGAUUGCUUCUCCUGUCAUAUUGGUUAUUAUCUGGAUGUGGAAAAUCAAUGUGUGCCAAGUUGUCCACAGGGAUUCUUUGGCGAUCCAUUCACUCAAACAUGUGAAAAGUGUUCAGUGACCUGUAAAAGUUGUGCAGGUAGCAGUGAAAACUGUCUGAAAUGUUACACACAAGAGCAAGGCCUGUUUCUUCAUGAAGGACGCUGUCUUUCUCAUUGUCCAGAUGGCUACUUCGAAAACAUUGAAGGCACAUGUGAACCAUGCGAGGGUUCCUGCUGGACCUGUGAGGGAAGCAAAGUGGAUUGCUUGUCCUGUGUGGAUGGCUUAUACCUGGAGAACAACAAGUGCCUUCCUAAUUGCUCUCUGAGGUAUUAUCCGAAUGAGGAAAGCAUCUGCAGGCACUGUCCAGCCCACUGCACUGUCUGUGCAGACGAAAGAACCUGUCUUGAAUGCAGUUACUUAUAUCUUCUCUUCAAUGGCACCUGCAAGGCAACCUGCCCGGAUGGCUACUAUGAGGAUCUUGAUGCUGGGAGAUGCAUUUCCUGUCACAUCAGCUGUAAGACAUGCUCAGGGACAUCAGACGAUGACUGUGAGACCUGUCCUUCUGCUAACCCAAACCUAUAUCAGGGGAGUUGUCUGGCUAGCUGCCCCUCUGGAACCUUUCAUAACUUUACGCUCAGCGAGUGCCAAGAGUGUCACAGAACAUGCGCUGAAUGCUCAGGGCCACUACCAACAGAGUGUACACAGUGCCAAAGCCAGCUAACACUUGACCAGGAUAGUGAAAUGUGUGGGGUACAAGGGGAUGCAAAGUGUCCUCUCAAGACUUACCUAGACGAUGAUUUAUUCACAUGUAGUUCUUGUGAUCCGACAUGUGAAUCAUGUGAUGGUUCUUCUGCAGAAAACUGUCUAACCUGCUCUCUGCCUUUCUACCUAAAUAAAAACACCUGUGUAAAGCAAUGCCCAAUUGGUACAUACAAGACAAGUGAAGGAGCAGAUGGGGUGACACUUGGCUUCUGUUCAGCUUGCCACCAGGUAUGCACAACAUGUCAUGGAGGGUCAGCCAAGGACUGUGAUAUUUGUGCCGCUGGAUACUACAAAUUGCUUCACCUCUGCAUUUUGCAUUGCCCUCCAGGAUAUUAUAAAAGAGGUAACCAAUGUGAUAAAUGUGAUUCUCACUGCCAACUGUGUUCCGGUCCUGGAUUGGAUUCCUGCCUUGAAUGUCCUUCACAAACUUACCUGAUAGAGGACACCACCCAUUGUGUUAGUGAGUGCCCUGAAAGGUUUUACAUGCAUGGGAAUAAGUGCAGGAAGUGUCACCCAAGCUGUAGAACUUGUAAUGACUCUUCUGUGCAAGGAUGCAAAAGUUGUGACAGAGGCAGCAGCUUUCAAGCAGGAAUCUGUUACCCACAGUGUGAGGAGCACCGCUACCUGGAUGAUGAUGGUGUGUGUCAGCCAUGUGACUCUUCCUGUAGACAUUGCUCUGGCCCUGGAUCUGACCGCUGUAUAUCUUGCAAAAGCAAUACUGCAUGGGCUCCUGAAGAAAUGAGAUGUAUUAACUGUUGUGAUUCACAGACGGAUCAAAGUGACUGCUGCUUCUGUGAUGUAAAUUCAGUUUUGUGCAUAAAGCAUCUACAACUUCAAGUCGAGCAGGCUGCUUUGAUGAACUUAAAGUUCCCAGUCACCUCCACAGCCUCACACUUUUCUGCUGCAGCCCCCGUUUUGGUCUCUUUACUGUUGAUGGUCGCAGUUGUGCUUUUGAGUAUAUGGCAGGCCAAAUCCAAGAAGAUGUUUUGCUGGAGACAGAGCUAUGAGAGGCUAGGAGGUAGUCCUCAGGAUGUGUCAUGUCAUGAAGACAGCAAACAGGAUGGCGAAGGGGACAGUUUAGAUGAAUGUGAUAUAGUAUAUAGUACUAAAGAUGGGACUGUGUAUAAGAAGCUCCCCUUCAAGCUACAUUCACCAGAAAAUGGCCUAUUAAAUGAUGUGGGUUGUAUGAAUAAAGUAUAGUAGCUUUUAUUGGUAAGAUGCCAGGAUGAUUGUCUUCUAUGAACAAAACAGGAUUUUUUUUUGCUAUAAAAUAUGUACAUAAACCAAAUUGCAAAUAUUACCUCUUAGAGACCAGCCUGUUUUGGGUCCAAAGAACAUUUAAAAAAUGUUUUUCCAAUCAUUGCCUUCAAGGAGCCAUAACUUAUUUUUCUGUCAGCAUAGCUGCAUAACACCUUUUUUUUUUUCAUAUUGUGUAAUGGAACCAAUAUGUGGUGCAUACAUUCUUGGUGUUUAAUUUUUACUGUAUUCAUUGUAUAAAGAACACAAUAAAUGUAUUCUCACAAAAUGACAAGGAUAACAAAAUUGUAUAUAUAUUUUUUUUUUUUAUAAAGCUUUAUUACUUUGCUUUAGUGUUGCUGCAUUCGAAGACUUGUAAAAUUCUGUGAGUUGAGUACAUGUUUGGGGUUGCUUUUCAUUCCAUUUUUUUGAGAGGUAUAUUUCUUCUUUUAGCGUUCACUGUUCAAGAUUAGAAACUUUAAUUUUAUCGUUUGGGUUGUUUUUAAUGUGGUAAUUAGGGAUAAGCGAAUCGAAUGGGACAAAUCCAAAUU